AUGUGUAUGUUUGACAAGUAUGUUUAUGUUAGUCUAGAGUCAGGAGAUCCUCGUCUGUCAAGAGCUUUCUUUAUCUACUGGAUGUCCAAAAAUAUUGAGCUACUCGACACCUUUUUGAUGGUCCUUCGUCAUAGCUUUCGACAGCUCACAUUCCUUCAUGUCUUUCAUCAUUCGACAAUGGCGUUACUCAGUGACUAUGCUUACCACUAUAGCCCGUGGCCGGCUGUGGCAUUUCCUCUCGGAAUGAAUUCUGUAGUUCACGUUGUACUUUACUCUUACUAUGGCUUUUCAGCAUGGAGACCUCAGAAUUUGCCAGCAUGGCGAAGACACAUCACAGAACUGCAAAUCCUUCAGUUUGUAAUUGGUCUAAUACAAGCAUACUUUGGAUACAAGUAUCACGGGUUUUGCAUCUAUGGGCAGUUCUAUGCUGUUACGAUGAUCAUACUCUUUGGGAACUUUUACAUUAGGGCAUAUGUACUGAAGAAACCGAAGAAGGAAGAAAAAGUACACGUAUCUUAGGUCUAAAUUUCAUAAUUUGUUGUGCUGGUUUUGAGGUUGUGUUUGAAUAGGUAAAAUUUUGUUUUUGUUAUUGCCAUUCUUACUGUUUAUUUAUGUUGAUAUUAUAACACUUAUUUAAGGCACUUGGUCACUACUACAGUAUGACGAUUGUUAGGUGGCAAUGGUUUAUCUAAAUAUCUCUAUUGCCUGACAUACAUUUCUUCAGUGAUAUGCAUAAAUAUAGGCACUUUGUAAU